AUGCCCUACAUGGUUAAAGCCUUUCCGGACUACAUCACCAAUGAUUUUGACAAGCGCGGCAGGGUAGCCCCAAAACUGGCAACUGCGGACUUCCCCAGCAAGAGCUACACCUGCCCCAAGAGCGACGCGUACACGGAGGCCACCUACACCUCCGGACAGCUGAUGAGGCAUACAUCGACGCUGCCAAACAAGUACCCCCAUAAUUUCGUUAAUCAUGACAAGCUACCUCUCGAGUGCGGCGCCAGCAAGCAGGAGUUUGCUCUGGACCGCGAGAAUCUCGCGCGGGUCUACAGCGGCGGUGAUGUCAAGAACCUACCGGAUCGGCUCAUCUUCGAGUAUACUGGAACAGGCAAGACUGCAAGAGCGGUUUCUGUGGCGUGA